UCGAGUAGGACGUGUUCGUGUUGAAUCGCUGGGGCGCCACUCUACAACGAUGAGAUCAGUACCUUGCUUAGGAAGUGAUAAGUUAACCUUGCGUUUGGUGUUGCUAGUAAUACUGAGCUGCACGACGACAGCCACCGCUCAACAAUGCCUUCUGCCGGACAGCGGUGUUGGCCAGUGUAUACUACUGCGUAACUGCACCCCACUCUACAAUAUGAUCCGCCAGCGACCACUACCCGAUGCCGACCGUUUGUACCUCCAGCGUACCCAGUGCGGUUGGUCAACGGCCGAGAAGCAUCCGCUCGUCUGCUGUCCACCGGAUAGUCUGCCGGCCCCGGCACGCGUUGGUGCGGAUCUACUUCCUACUCCCGGUCAGUGUGGCAUUCAAACUAGCGAUCGCAUCUACGGUGGAGUCAAUACCAAGAUCGACGAGUUCCCGUGGAUCGCUCUGCUCAAGUACGCAAAACCAAACAAUGCAGCCGGUUUCCACUGCGGCGGGGUGUUGAUCAAUGAUCGCUACGUUUUAACAGCUUCGCACUGCGUUAAUGGUAAAGACAUACCGGUUACCUGGAACCUCGCCGAGGUGAGACUGGGCGAAUGGGAUACCGCGACGGCACAGGAUUGUGAGGGGUUGGGCGAUGAUGUAGACUGCUCGCCACCGCCAAUCGACAUUGGGAUAGUAGCCAAGAUUCCACACCCGCAAUACGUGCCUGCGUCACCGGAACAGUACCAUGAUAUAGCUCUGCUUCGGCUGCAAACCGUGGUGACGUACUCGGACUUUAUCAAACCGAUCUGUCUACCGGUACAGGCGGAAUUGAGGACGAAGAACUACGUUGGUUUCCGUAUGCAGGUCGCAGGAUGGGGCCGUACGGCUACGGCUCGGUUCAGCACGGUCAAACAGAAAGUUGCUGUUGAUGGCGUAUCGCUCGAUGCGUGUAAUGAAGUGUAUUCCCGGGAACGCGUCGCCUUACAGCCGUCGCAGCUCUGCGCUGGUGGUGAGCAAGGAAAGGACUCCUGUCAGGGCGAUUCAGGAGGACCGCUAACGGGUGUGAAUACCGCCAAUGGACUGCAGUACUGGUACCUGAUCGGACUAGUAUCCUUUGGACCGACUCCUUGCGGACAAGCCGGUUGGCCAGGUGUCUACACGAAGGUCGAUCAAUACGUGGACUGGGUGACGGCCACCAUUGUUGCUUAGGAAGAUCGACUACCAUUCUGUGCAUUGCACGCUCGGUUCCCAAUAGAAGUAAUAAACAUUUUCUCACGUGUCCCGAUGGGACGAAGACCCGUUUCAACCAUACACAGUUCGUUCUAGAUUCCCCGAUUCAA